CAUUUGAACCGAAACGAGUAGAAGAAGAAUCGAAGCAGGAAGUUGUGAAUCCAGCGUUUACAGAAGUUACUAGUUAUGUACUAACGUUUGGGAGUAACAACACUUCUUAAUCUUGAUUAUUAAUCAUUAUUAGAAAUAACAGUUGCACUAUUCGUGUCGUUAUGAUUGCAUAGUUAUCAAGUUGAACGUAACUUAUUGUACCUUUAUUUGCAGCAUAUUUUGCCUGGCUUGCUAUCAGUUCUGGCUUUGUCUAACUAGCUAGCCAGCAUUUUAAGACAGAUAUGAAAGAUACAUUAUCCCUAAUUCACAAAUUCAACGCCCAUCCGGAUUCGCGCUGUUGGUAUGUUGCAUGGAAUCCGAAGGGCACUUUGCUAGCCUCUUGCGGUGGUGACCGGGCCAUACGAAUUUGGGGGAAAGAAGGCGACUCCUGGGAAUGCAAGACGGUGCUUCAGGAUGGACACCAGCGCACAGUCAGAAAGGUGGCUUGGUCGCCCUGUGGUAACUACCUUGCCUCCGCCAGCUUCGACGCAACCACCUGCAUCUGGAAGAAGAAAAAUGACGAUUUCGAGUGCUUGACUGUGUUGGAGGGGCACGAGAACGAGGUCAAGUGUGUGGCCUGGGCUCCAUCUGGGAACCUGUUGGCCACGUGCAGCAGAGACAAGAGUGUCUGGAUCUGGGAAGUGGAUGAGGAGGAUGAAUAUGAGUGUGUCAGUGUGGUGAACUCCCACACUCAGGAUGUCAAGCAUGUGGUCUGGCACCCUAACCGGGAGCUCCUGGCGUCCUGUAGCUAUGACAACACCGUGUGCAUCCACAAGGAGGAGGAUGACGACUGGGAGUGCUCGGCCACCCUGGAGGGUCACACCUCCACUGUGUGGAGUCUGACCUUUGACCCCAGUGGUCAGAGGCUGGCCUCGUGCAGCGAUGACCGCACCGUGAAGAUCUGGAAGGAGAGUCCGCCAGGGGAGGGGCAAGGAGAUGGCAGUACGAGUGCGGGCUCCUCGUGGAAGUGUGUCUGCACCCUGUCGGGGUUCCAUGCACGAGCCGUGUAUGAUGUUGCAUGGUGUCCGCUGACGGCCGCCCUGGCGACUGCCUGCGGUGACGAUGGCGUGCGCGUGUUCAAGGAGGAAGUGACAUCAGACCCGGAGCAGCCUGAGUUCUCCCUGUCGGCCCACGUAGCCCGGGCCCACAACCAGGAUGUCAACUGUGUGACCUGGCACCCCAAGGAGCCCGGCCUGCUGGUAUCCUGCAGCGACAACGGAGAGAUAGCCAUGUGGAGAUACCAGGCCGAGGCCUGAGACCUGCACUGGAACGCACCUGCCAGGGCAAGGGUGGGACAGUACAGGAUUGACCCAUUUUCCGUUUAAAUAUGCCUUCAGAAGUGAGGCUGAGUGUUGUCCCUGUUGUGACUUACCUGCACUGUUGAGUCUAGGUGAGGAUAUAACCAUUUAAGCCAACUGAUCAUGGGAAAUGUAGUCUGGGAAAUGAAGUCUUUGGGUUCCUGCCUCCUAUGUCUGAUUUUCUAUUUAAAGUAAUUUGAUCCCAUGAUUGGCCUUGUGUACAUUUCAUAGUUCGUGAACUAAUAUCAAUUUAGUACAUCGAAAGGUUUGUCCCAAAUACAGUAGUAUGUACUAAGCCCACUUAAAAGAUACAUUUUCAAAAUGUUCAUGUGUUAUUAGUGGCACAAGCUCUAGUGGCUGACCUUCUCUGCUGUCUCCUGGGUGACUGUUGGGAGAGUCAUGAUAUUGGGGCACUGGUAGCUCACUGGUUAAGGAUACCAUGUAAGUGAAAAGCCUAAAAUUAAAAAAAUGUUUUAAUGAACACCAAGAUUUACUUCACUUUUUAUUUUAAUAGAGCAGAAGGGAUGGAUCUUCCAUAUGGGGUACCUAGCAAGAUUUGAACCUUGCUUGCCAGUAUGAGGCUUGAGCCUGCACGAUGCAAGUACUUAUCCAGUAGGCCAGAAGGGAUUCUGUUAGCUUUCUGCAGAAUUUAUACACAUCUUUGAAGGAAAGGAUGUAUCUUUUCAAAGAUAGAUUUGAAACAUCUUUGUAUUUUGACAGGGUGUUGGUGGCUCACUGGUAAGGUGUGUGCCUUGUGAUCUGGGACCUUGCUGGGAACAGGGGUUCAAGUCUCACUGGUCUGUCUUCUCUAGAUUGUCCCAAGCAAAUCAGAACUUAUAUAUUUAAAUGUAUCUGUAAAAGAAGCACUUAACUUUAAAAUGUAUAAAUCAAACUUGACUUAUAAAUAAUAUAUAUAUUUUUUUAAACUUAUAAAAGGUGAAUUUCUUUUUAGACUCUUGGUUGAGCCUUUCCUGGUGAGACAGUUGGAUACCUGGAAAGACAGUUGGGAGAGGGGAUCUGGACAGUCGGGGAGUGCGCUGCGGUUACAGGGACGUGUUUGACACUGUGCUCUGUGCUGGAUUUGAACCCAGGUUGUUGAGGUGUAGGCUUUAUUCUCAACCCACUACACCACGGGGUCCCCCUCUUAAAUACUUGUAAAUAACAUAUAUAUUACUUAACUAAUAUCAGUUAAAUUAAUGAUCAAUUGGUUUGAGCGAGAUUUGAACCAUGGGUACUGUGUUUGGCAGCAGACUCGAGAGUACACAUGCUUACACCACUGAGCCACAGAGGGAUUCUGCAAAGUUACUUUCUACAAGACAGUGUAAUUGCCCUUAUGACACUACUAAUACUUGGGUGUUUGCUCAUGUGGCAGGGGCCUAUCCACUGGACUACCCAAGCCCCCUCUCCCCUCCUUAGAAAGUCUGUAUUUGAAAUUGAAAAAUACCCACAAUGCCAAGAUAUAUUCUCAAAACGUUAGGUGAUUUUUGUGCAAUCCUGGUAGUACAAUGGUAAAGUGCAUGUGCACUGCAAUCUUUGGGGAUUGUGGGUUUGAAUCCCACAUGUCAUCUCCUUUAACUUUACUGAUUAACGCAGCAAUGAGCUGCUACAUUAAAAUGAAUCUUUUACAAUAAACAUACAAACCUUCUAAUACAUUAUUUGAACACUUUCUUUCGAAAAGGCUUCUGCCGAACAAUUAAUCGUUAGUGUCCGGUGUCUCCCUAAUAUCUGACAGCUGCAGUGUGCUGACAGACCAACAGCUCAAGGUACUUUUUGGAUCUUUUUAUUGCAAAACAAAUAAGGACAGAUAUUACAUUUUAAUAAAAUUCUAUUAGACCAAUCUAAUAGCAAUCAUUGUUGAAACAGAUAAAGUACACAGACUUGGUGACUUGGAUGUUGAAUUACUUUUGUCCACUACAGUAGUAUGCAGGCAUUUUCUUGUACACCUGAUGCAUGUCUUCUAUUGGUGAGCAUUAUAUAUGGACUAUCUUGGGAGGUACACACAUCAGUCUGAUCUACUCUGGGAAUAAAAAAUCAACAAUUAUAGCCAUACAAAACAAUUACUGUAAAACCAAAUAAUGACUGUCUCAAAAAAAAAAACACACAAAA